CCUUUUUUUAUAUUUCAAUAGGGGAAAUCGUAUCAGUUAAGCUCUUCUGGUUCUCAUCUGUGGCACAUUUAUGAUGGAUGAUGACUGGGAUGCAGAUACCUCCUCAGGAACAGGGAAGAGCACUAUGAAUGGUUCCAUCCCUGCAUCACAAAACAACCCGUCGUAUGGAAGCGGAUUCGGUGCCCGUGGACGAGGUCGUGGAGCCCAAAAUGGUACAAUGGAUGAUUCGUGGGACGAGUUGGAUAAAGGUGGGCUAAACUCCUUCACAUCGGGAGGAGGGGGAUCAACUGGUGGUGCCAACUACUUCUCCGGUAACUUUAGUGGAGGAAGUUUUGGACAGGAUGAUUCUGGAUGGAAAGACGAGAACCAGAGGAGCUUUGGCAACGGUGAUAGACAGGGUGGUCGUGGUGGUGGUGGAGGUGGGAGAGUCGAGGUGGCGGUGGUGGUGGUGGUCGUGGGUGCUUUAAAUGUGGUGAGGAAGGUCACAUGUCCCGAGAGUGCCCCAAGAGUGACAGUUCAGGUGGACGAGGGGGAGGAGGUGGUAGCAGGGCCUGUUAUAAGUGUAAUCAGGAAGGCCACAUGUCCCGUGACUGCCCUAAUGGUGAUAGUGGAGGUGGGGGGAAUCGUCGUGGCUUUGGUGGAGGCAGCUCUUACGAAAAUGGAGAAAGUGGAGGUGGUGGAAGUCACAGGGAAUGAUCCACCGUUUCAUAUUGAAACAUUUGAAUCUUCAUUUCUUCGAGAGAUCCUUUUGGAUAACGUGAGAAAGGCCAAUUAUAAGAAGCCCACUCCAGUGCAGAAGUAUGCCAUCCCAAUUGUGAUGUCAGGCCGGGAUCUCAUGGCCUGUGCUCAGACCGGAUCUGGAAAAACUGCUGCUUUCAUCUUGCCAAUCCUACAUAAGAUGCUGGCUGAUGGGAUUGAUGGAGCAGCUUACAACAUCCCCCAAGAACCAUAUGCUGUGAUCAUGUCACCAACUAGGGAACUGGCCAUCCAGAUCUACAAGGAAUGCUGCAAGUUCUCCCAUGGCUCCAUAAUUCGACCCCAGAUCUCCUAUGGUGGCACCAGCUCCUCCUAUCAGUCCAAGAAAAUCAUUAAUGGAUGUCACAUAUUGGUGGCUACUCCAGGACGACUCUUGGACUUUGUUGAUAAGGGAACUGUUAGUUUCAAGAAGGUGAAGUUCCUGGUCUUAGAUGAAGCUGAUAGGAUGUUGGACAUGGGCUUCAUGCCAGAAGUCAAGCGAAUGGUCCAUCAUCCAUCCAUGCCUGAUAAGGGGGAAAGGCAGACGCUGAUGUUUUCGGCCACAUUCCCAGAAGAGAUCCAACACUUAGCCCGAGAAUUUCUUAAUGAUUACCUUUUCUUGGCUGUUGGGAUGGUAGGAUCAGCCAAUGAAGAUGUUAGACAAGACUUUUUCCAAGUUGAAAAGCACAAUAAGAGGGAGAAACUCAUGGAGAUAUUGAAUGAAUGUGGGAAGACAGAGAAAACCCUUGUAUUUGUGAAAGAGAAGCGAAUGGCCGAUUUCAUUGCUACUUACACAAGCACCCAGGGGCUGCCAACAACGUCCAUCCAUGGAGAUCGUCUUCAGCGGGAACGUGAGGAGGCCUUGGCUGAUUUCAAGGCAGGGCGCAUGCCAAUCCUGGUGGCUACUGCUGUUGCUGCACGAGGGUUGGAUAUCAAGGAUGUCGCACACGUCAUAAACUAUGACUUGCCUGAGGGCAUAGAUGAAUAUGUCCAUCGCAUUGGUCGUACUGGGAGAGUGGGAAACCUGGGCAGAGCCACUAGCUUUUUCGACAUGGAGUGUGAUAUUCCUUUGGCACGACCCUUGGCUGGUCAGAAUGUGCCAGAUUGGUUGGAGAGGUGUGCCCAAUCAUCCACAAGCUUCAGCAGUGGAGGUCCAAGCAGCCGGUACGGUGGCAGAGACAUCCGUCGCUUUGGAGGAGGUGGUGGUGGAGGAAAUCGAGGAAACCGAGAUGGGGACGACUUCGGUGGCAGUGGAAAUGCUGGAGGUGGAAGUGGAAACUCAUACAAUCCGCCUCAACAGGAGGAGGAGGAAUGGGAUUAGUCUGGAUUGCAAUCCUCUUUUUGUUCUUGUAAAACAAGACUUCUCCCCUACUUUCGACUUGAAAGAAUUCUCAUCGUUAUUGUUUGGUUAGACCUGAUUUGGGUGAAUACAGAAAAAGAAAAAAAAGCAAAGAAAUUUGGUCUUCCAGAGAGAGUAGUCGCUUCAUGAACCAGGCAGUCAUUCUCAGUUGCAUCUCGGUGUUGACUGUGAUCGUUGAGCCUGUUUGGUCGAACUGGAACUGAUUUUGUCGCGGUACUAAAAGUCUCUGUGACUGACUGCCUGUGCCUCUCCCGAGAAAAGGUUUUUGCACGGUCUGUGCGGGGCCAGGAGAAGUGCCAUGGAAGAGGCUGCUCGGUGAUCAGAAAUUCAAAUUAUUCAGUUCGUGUAUCUCCUUUGUCUGCACUUGUUUUGCCAGCUAGUCCAGAUUUCUUGUUUCUUUUGAUAUCCAUUCCAGAAGGACUGCUGUUCUCAUGACCAAAAUAAACUACCUUUACAACAGGGGACUUGUGUUUUUCGUGCCAAAUGGUGAAACACUGGACGGUAAAUUUGUGGAGUUGUGCCGGAU